CAGCACCCAUGGUGUACUUCAACUGCUCCAGUGCUGGCCCGGGAGCCAAAGGCUCCGAGUGCCAAAAGAGCUGUAACACUCUGGACAUGGCCUGUGUGAGUGUCCUGCUUCAUGUGGUCCAGUCUGCCAGUCUGAACAGAACAGCAUACGUAUCUGAAUAGGAAUCUGAACGUACUAGAAAACAAGCCUUUUUGUGAUUCACUAUUGUUAUGUCUGUACAGAUAAGCACAGAUUGUGUGUCAGGAUGCAUGUGUCCCUCUGGCCUGGUCUCCGAUGGGAAAGGUGGAUGCAUUAGCGAGGAUGACUGUCCCUGCAUCCAUAAUGGGGUUCCACACCAACCUGGAGAAACCGUCAAGGUUGACUGCAAUACCUGCGUUUGUCAGGCCAGAAAAUGGCAGUGCAGUACCAACCAGUGCCAUGGCACCUGUGCCAUCUAUGGGGAUGGACAUUACAUCACUUUUGAUGAAAAACUCUUUGUGUUCAAUGGAGGUUGUGAAUACAUUCUGGUCCAGGAUUUCUGUUCCAACAACAAAGACAACGGCACCUUCAGAGUCAUCACUGAGAAUAUCCCAUGUGGAACAACUGGCACCACCUGUUCAAAGGCCAUCAAGAUCUUCUUGGGUGUAAGGAAUCUGGCCUCCUUCGCUAAAUAACAGAAAACAUUAACUGAAGUAGUGCAAACAUUCAGUUACCCUCUUUUGUUUUUACAGAGCACUGAGCUGAUUCUCACAGACGGAAAUUACCAGGUGGUCCAAAGAGGUUCAGGAGAGGAGAUAUCCUACAAGACCCGCAUCAUGGGCAUUUAUUUGGUUAUUGAAGCCAGUAACGGUCUUAUUCUCAUAUGGGACAAGAAAACAAGCAUGUUCAUCAAGCUCAGUCCAGAAUUCAAUGUAAGUCCAUCUUUUUUACAUCCACAAUUGUGUAUGUUGUGCCUUUACAAGCAGAUCAUUUCACGAAUUCACCUGUAUCAAUAUCAAUCCUGACAGGGUCGUGUCUGUGGUCU